AAAAGUAUUUUUCAAAUGCUUUCUUGCCUUCUGAUAGCUUUUCUUCUGCUGCUUCCAGGCUCUGUGCACAAGACAGAGAAGCUUCCCUGCUUCCACCAGCUUCAUCCUAUUGUUUCCCAAGAUGGGGACCUGGUGAUUGGGAUCUUUUUAUCCUUGUUCUCAGUUGAAGUGAACAAAGUAAUAGGAGCAGAACUGUUUAAAAAUCCUCCUAACAAAGCUUGUAAGCCUUAUCAGUGGCUGCUCAAAAAUUACCAACAAGCCCUGGCUCUAAUGUUUGCUAUGGAGGAGAUUAACAGGAAUCCUAAUCUGUUGCCCAAUAUCACUUUGGGCUUCCACCUCUACAACACCUACCACAGCGACGCCAGCACCUUGGAGAGCUCCCUGAGGUGGCUGUCUGGGCAGGGCCAGCUCAUCCCUAACUACAGCUGCAGGGAGCAGGACAAGACUGUGGCUGUUGUUGGAGGAGUCACAUCAGCUCUUUCUGUCCAGAUGGGCACCCUGCUUGACCUCUACAAGUUUCCACAGAUCAGCUAUGGUCCAUUUGAUUUCAUUCUUAGUGACAAGGUCCAGUUUCCUUCCCUCUACCAGAUGGCCCUCAAAGACUCUUCUCUUCCCAAAGGUGUUGUCCGCUUAAUUGUAUAUUUUGAGUGGAACUGGAUAGGUCUGAUUACAACAGAUGAUAUGAGAGGUGAAGAAUUCCUCUGGGAAAUGAGAGCAGAAAUGGUAAGGAAUGAAGUUUGUGUGUCCUACACAGAGAAGAUCCCUGUCAGUGAGAGAAGACACAUGGAAUCACAGGAGACUUUCAUGCCCAGGAUUCUAACAUCAUCAACUAUGGUGAUUGUCAUACAUGGUGACACAGAUUCAUUAAUGAUUCUGAGGUACUCAGAUGCUCCUAUAUUCCUAACACAGAAGGUAUGGAUUGCCACAUCUCAAUGGGACAUUACCAUGAGACCUCUUUAUCGUUUUGGUCAAAAUUUCCAUGGAGCUCUCACAUUUUCAUACUUGAUGAGUGAAAUUCCUGGGUUCAAAGCUUUUCUUAAGACAGUUACCCCUUCAAAAUAUCUAGAUGACAUUUUACUUAAGGGAUUCUGGCUCUCAGCUUUCAGAUGUCCAGAUCAAGCAGAAAACCCAGAGCAAGAGAUAUGCUUCCCAAAUGCUUCCUUGGAGACUUUGCCUUUGUGCUCUUUUGAUAUGAACAUGUCUGGCUUGAGUUACACCAUCUACAAUACCAUCUAUGCUGUGGCUUGGGCUCUCCAUGAAAUGCUUAUGAGAAAAUUGGAGAAAAGUUCAGUGGGAGAUGAAAAAAAUUUAAUACUUCAUUCUUGGCAGCUGCAUUCCUCCCUGAAGAACACCCAAUUUAACAAUAGUGCUGGUGACCAGGUGUUUGUAAAUGAGAAUAGAAGCACUGAGGCUCAAUAUACCAUUAUGAACUACGUGUGGUUUCCUAAUGAGACAGAAGCUUUGGUGAAAGUGGGGCAUUUUGUCCCUCAGUCUCCACGUGGCCAAGAUUUCACCAUCUGUAAGGAAGCCAUAGUGUGGGGCUGGGGACAUUCAAAGGUUCCCUGUGGAGUAUGCAGUGACAGCUGUGGUCCUGGAUUCAGGAAGACCCCUUUGGAAGGGAAGGCUGCCUGCUGUUUUGACUGCUCCCCAUGUCCAGAAGGGGAGAUCUCCAAUCAAAUGAAUGCAGAGCAGUGUCUAAAGUGCCCAGAGGCUGAAUAUCCAAACAAGCAGAGAGACCGCUGCCUCCCCAAGACUGUGGCCUUCCUGAAUGGGAAAGAACCAUUGGGCAUGACUCUGGUCUUUGUGGCUGUUUCCUUCUCUUUACUGACAGCUCUGGUUCUGGGGGUCUUUGUGAAGUUCCAAGACACCCCCAUAGUCAAAGCCAAUAACAGGACUCUCAGCUACACUCUCCUCAUCUCCCUCAUCUUCUGCUUCCUCUGCUCUCUGCUCUUCAUAGGCUGUCCUACCCCUGUCACUUGUCUCCUCCAACAAACAGUGUUUGGAGUUGUCUUCACGGUGGCUGUUUCUUCCAUUUUGGCCAAAACCAUGAUCGUGGUUCUGGCUUUUAGGGGUGUUAGACCAGGGAGCAGGAUUCGUACAUUCCUAAAUCCUCGAGUGUCCAACUAUGUUGUCCUCAUCUGCUCAGGGAUUCAAGUGAUCUUCUGUGGCACCUGGCUGGGUACCGCUCCCCCCUUUCCAGAGGCUGACACUCACUCUGAAUAUGGCCACAUCAUCAUGAGAUGUAAUGAGGGCUCCGUCCUUGCCUUCUACUGUGUCCUGGGCUACAUGGCCCUUCUGGCCUUGGGGAGCUUUACAGUAGCUUUCCUGGCCAGGAACCUGCCUGACACCUUCAAUGAAGCCAAGUUCAUCACCUUCAGCAUGCUGGUGUUCUGCAGUGUCUGGGCCUCUUUUCUGCCCACCUAUCAGAGCACCAAAGGGAAGGCCAUGGUGACUGUGGAGAUCUUCUCCAUCUUGGCCUCCAGUGCAGGGUUGCUGGGCUGCAUUUUUAUUCCCAAAUGUUAUGUGAUCCUCCUGAAGCCAGAAAGGAAUACCCUGGAACAGAUGAAGAAGAAACAGGAUUCUCAAGGCAGGAUUUUAUCUGAAGCAAGACCUUAUACAUCCAGUUGUGGAAAUAAUAGGCUUAAAUAA